AUGGUGGAGCCUUCUGACAUCGUGGCCCUGGACUGCGAGAUGGUGGGCAUGGGACCAUUCGGAACGGAAAAUGGAUUGGCCCGUUGCAGCAUUGUAGAUUACUAUGGCAAUGUGGUCUAUGACCAAUUCAUCCGACCAGAGGGUGUUAUAACCGCUUUCAGGACCUCUGUGAGUGGAGUUCGCCCAGUGGACAUGGAAGGAGCCACACCAUUCAGGGUAGCCCGGGAACAGAUUUUACAGAUCCUGAGACGCAAGCUGGUGGUUGGCCACGAUUUACGUCAUGACUUUGAAGCACUGAAAGAAAACAUGUGGCGCUACCGAGUCUAUGACACGUGCAAUGACCGGCUGCUGAGAAAGGAAAGCGGGCUGGGAAACUCCAGGCGGGUCUCCCUCAAGGUCCUUUGUGAAAAGCUGCUCAAGAAAAGCAUCCAGACUGACAGAGAGGGCCACUCCUCUGUGGAAGACGCCAGGUCAGCCAUGGAGCUCUUCAAGUUUGCCAGGUCAAAAGGGGAUGGAUCCAUUUAA